AUGCAAAUGUUUUCUUUAAAUUUUUUUAUGUAUACCAUUUGUGGUAUAUGGCGACCGAUCGAAUGGUCAUCAAAGGGUGUCAAUUUUCUGUAUAAUGUAUUUAAUUAUAUUAUAUUACUCUUGGAAUACUUUACGAUGUUAACUCAAUUCCUGGAUUUUCUAUUUGUUGUCAACAAUAUCGAUGAUUUCGUUGCUAAUUCUAUAUGGUUCGUGAGUUUUGUUGCUAUGGUAUGUAAAGCAACUGUCGUUGUAAUACGUCGCAAUGCUAUCAUUAGCUUGAUACAAGUAUUGUUGAAGGGUUUAUGUAAACCUCAAGAUGAAGACGAAAUUGCAAUACAAACAAAAUUUGAUCAGUUCGUCAGAUUGUGUUCAAUAAAAUAUUUGCUUCUGGCGAUACUCUCACUUACAGGAGUCACAAUAGGAUCAGUAUUAAAUAUUAUGAAUGGUCAAUUACCUUGUCGAAUAUGGUUGCCAUUGGAUUACAAUGUGUCUUUAGUGUUCUGGAUUAUAUCUAUUCAACAAGUUAUAGCUAUAUGUUUUGGCACUAUCAUAAAUGUCGCUACGGAAACCCUAGUUUUUGGAUUAAUUUUAGAAACGUGUGCCCAACUCGAAAUUUUCGAAAAUCGUCUUCAUAAAUUAAUAAAUAAGAAAACAAUUAAAUAUCUGGGAAAUGCCCUUUACUCGUUGAAUGAACAAGGAAUAUCGAAAUGUAUACGACAUCAUCUCAGUAUUUACAAAUAUGCCAAAACGGUAAACGUUAUAUUUAACCAGAUGCUAUUCGUUCAAUUCUUUGCAAGUAUACUGGUAUUAUGUUCAGCUGUGUAUUAUCUGUCAAUGCAUAUUACAGAAUUGUCUCGUAUUGCAACUUUUUUAGUGUACACCAUUGGCAUGUUUAUACAAAUUUAUAUUUAUUGCUGGUCUGGAAACGAAGUCAUUCUUAAGAGUAUGAACGUAGGAAACACAAUAUAUUGUAUGGAUUGGCCAUUAUUAUCAGUUAACGAAAAAAAAGAAUUGCUCAUUGUCAUGAUACGAAGCACAAUUCCUAUAAAGUUCACUAGCAGUUUUUUGAUAACUCUAUCCCUUCAGUCUUACAGCAAUGUUAGAAUUUCAAAAAUGCAAAUAUUUUCUUUAAAUUUUUUGAUAUAUACCAUUUGUGGUAUAUGGCGACCGAUCGAAUGGUCAUCAAAUGGUGUCAAUUUUCUGUAUAAUGUAUUUACUUAUAUUGUAUUAUUCUUGGAAUACUUUUUGAUGUUAACUCAAUUUCUGGAUUUUCUAUUUGUUAUCGAUAAUAUUGAUGAUUUCGUUGCUAAUUCUAUAAUGUUCGUGAGUGUUGCUGCUGUUGUAUGUAAAGCGACUGUCGUUGUAAUACGUCGCAAUGCGAUCAUUAGCUUGAUACAAGUAUUGUUGAAAGAUCCAUGUAAACCUCAAGAUGAAGACGAAAUAGCAAUACAAACAAAAUUUGAUCAGUUCAUCAGAUUGAGUUCAAUAAAAUAUUUGCUUCUGGCGAUGAUCUCACUUACAGGCGUCAUAAUAGGAUCAGUAUUAAAUAUUAUGCAGGAACAACUACCUUGUCGAAUAUGGUUGCCAUUGGAUUACAAUGUGUCUCUAGUAUUCUGGAUUAUAUCUAUUCAACAAGUUGUAGCUAUAAUUGCUGGCACUAUCAUAAAUGUCGGUACGGAAACUCUAGUCUUUGGAUUAAUUUUAGAAACAUGUGUCCAACUCGAAAUUUUCGAAAAUCGUCUUCACAAAUUAAUAAAUAAUAAAACAGUUAAAUACCUAAAAAAUGCAUUUUGUUCGUUGAAUGAGGAUAAAACAGAAAUAUCAAAAUGCAUACGACAUCAUCUUAGUAUUUACAAAUAUGCCAAAACGGUGAACGUUAUAUUUAAUCAGGUACUGUUCGUUCAAUUUUUCGGUAGUAUAUUGAUAUUAUGUACAUGUAUAUAUUACCUAUCAACGCACAUUACGGAACUGUCUGGAAUUGGAACUUUAUUAGUAUAUAUCAUUUGCAUGUUUGUACAAAUUUACAUUUACUGCUGGUCCGGAAACGAAGUUAUGCUUAAGGUAACUUACUCUAUUAAAUAUAUCAAUCCAAAUAUGCAAAUGCUUUCUUUAAAUUUUUUUAUAUACACCGUUGGCGGUAUAUGGCGACCAGUUGAGUGGUCAUCAAAUGGUGCCAAGUUGCUAUACAAUGUAUUUACUUUUAUUAUAAUAUCUUCGGAAUACUUUUUGGUGUUAACUCAAUUUAUGGAUAUAGUUCUUAUUGUCGAUAAUAUCGAUGAUUUUGCCACUAAUACUCUAAUGUUCCUAACUAUUGUUGCUGUAUGUUGUAAAGCGACUGUCGUUGUGGUACGUCGAAAUGCGAUCAUCAACUUAGUGCAAAUAUUAUUGAAAGCACCAUAUAAACCUCGAGAUGAGGAUGAAGUAGCUAUACAAACAAAAUUUGAUAAAUUCAUUAAAUCAUGUUCGAUAAAAUAUUCACUUUUAGCAACAAGUUCCGUUACAGGCACUACAAUAGGAUCAGUACUAAACGUGAUGCAAGGUCACCUGCCUUAUCGAAUAUGGCUACCAUAUAAUUACACUGUAUCUAUGUUUGGGAUUAUAUCCAUUCAUCAGAUUGUAACUUUAAUUUUUGCCACCGUGAUAAAUGUGGGCACGGAAACCUUAAUCUUCGGAUUGAUUUUACAAACGUGUGCUCAAUUUGAAAUUUUCAAAAGUCGUCUUCACAAGUUCAUAACUAAAAAGACAGUUACAUAUCUCGGACACGCACGCUCUUUGUCGAAUGAAGAUAAAACAUGGAUAUCGGAAUGUAUACGUCAUCAUCUCAGCAUUUACAAGUACGCCAAAACGGUAAACAUCAUAUUCAACCAAAUACUUUUCGUUCAGUUUUUUAGUAGUAUACUGGUAUUAUGUACGAGUGUGUAUUAUUUGUCAAUGCAUAUCAAGGAAUUAUCUGCAGCUGCAUCCUUAUUAAUAUAUACUAUCUGCAUGUUUGUACAAAUCUUCGUUUAUUGCUGGUCGGGAAAUGAAGUCAUGCUUAAAAGUAUGAGUAUAGCGGAUGCUAUAUAUCAUAUGAAUUGGCCAUUAUUAUCGAUCAACGAAAAAAAAGGACUAUUGAUGAUCAUGAUACGUAGCACAAUUCCUGUAAAGUUCACUAGCAGCUUCUUGAUAAUUCUAUCUCUUCAGUCUUACAGUAACGUAAUUUUCAUUAUUAAUAAUGUCGAUGAUUUGGCUACUAAUAUUCUAAUAUUUUUGAGCAUGGUGGCCGUUUGUUGUAAAACCACUGUUGUUGUGGUACGACGGAAUGCGAUCAUCAACUUAGUGGAAGUAUUGUUGAAAGCACCAUACAAACCUCAAGACGAAGAUGAAAUAAUAAUACAAACAAAAUUUGAUAGAUUCAUUAGAUCAUGCUCGAUAAAAUAUUCACUUUUAGCAACAAGUUCCAUUACAGGCGGUACAAUAGGAUCAGUAUUAAACGUGAUGCAAGGUCAUCUGCCUUAUCGAAUAUGGUUGCCAUGUAAUUAUAAUGUAUCUACGAUAUUUUGGACUAUAUCUAUUCAUCAAAUGGUAACUACAAUUUUUGCCACCAUGAUAAAUGUUGGCACGGAAACCCUAGUCUUUGGAUUGAUUUUACAAACAUGUGCCCAGUUUGAAAUAUUGGAAAAUCGUCUUCACAAAUUAAUAAUUAAUAAAACAGUUAAAUAUCUAGGACAUGCAAGCAGUUUGUUGAAUGAAAACAAAGCAGAUCUAUCAGAGUGCAUAUGUUAUCAUCUCAGCAUUUACAAAUACGCCAAAGCGGUAAACGUCACAUUCAACCAAGUACUUUUCGUUCAGUUUUUUAGUAGUAUACUCGUAUUAUGUACAAGUGUAUAUUACUUGUCAAUACAUAUUAAAAACCUUUCUGCAACUGCAUCUUUUUUAGCGUAUACCAUUUGCAUGUUUGUACAAAUCUAUUUUUACUGCUGGUCCGGAAACGAAGUCAUAUUUAAAAGUACGAGCAUAGCAGACGCUAUAUAUAAUAUGAAUUGGCCAUUAUUAUCAAUCAACGAAAAAAAAGGAUUGUUGAUGAUUAUGAUACGCAGUACAAUUCCUGUAAAAUUCACAAGUAGCUUCUUGAUAACUUUAUCCCUUCAAUCUUAUAGCAACGUUAGUAUGAUUUGGUGUCAAAAUAAAUAUUUGACAUAG